GAUAUGUAUAAGAGGUGGCGGGGGCGAAAAGAUGUCAAUUUGAACAAUUUUCGUAGUUUCUCAUCUUCAUGUUCUAUUCUUAUUAAAAUAUUUUAUUAUAGUGUGUGAUUAUUCACUCAAUUUUUUUAUGGUGGAUCGUUAUAAAACAAGAAUUAAAUUAGGUUUAGUUUAAAGAUAUUCUCGUUUUAUUUUUUAUUUUACUUUUUUUUCUUCAGAAUAUAUCAAAAUGCCUCCGCCACAGAAAGGUAAAGCACCUACCAAGGGUGCCAAACAGAUACUUACUGAGAAUGCAGCCACAGUCAGUUUUUAUCGCAACAUGGCUGUUUGUGCAGGACUCUUCUUCAACAUCUAUGUUGUUGUCCUUAAUUAUGAAUCUGCUACAUUCCGCAAGAUUCUAAUGAAUGUGUUGGUAACGGUCAUCUAUGUAAUUUGCUAUCAGAGCAUGUUGUACAUCAGUCGUCCACAUCUCACCGACACAAAGCAGAUCAUAGAUCCUGGCUUAGAUCUGAAUAUGGAAGGGGGCAUGGGAGAGCACAUCAAAGAUGUUGUCAUCCUAACCUCUAUCACUCAUAUUCUUGCUGCGUUUUCUGAAUACUUCUGGCUAUUGCUGCUCCUCCUUCCAAUAAGAGUGUUCUGGCUGGUGUGGGUUAACUUCCUGGGGCCGUGGUUCUUCCAGGAGGCACCGCAGGAAACUGAACAGGAUGAGAAGAAACGCAAGAAAAUGGAACGCAAGAUGAAGCGUUUCCAGUAAAUUAGUGUAAAAUGUAAAAUUGGUGUUUAUUAUAACAAUGGGUUCAUAAAAUAUGGUGAUGAUUAAGAUAAGGUUAGGUCAGGUUAUGUUGUUGUAUUAAACACCAUUGCAGAUGCUGUUAAGCACAUAUUUAUUACAUAUGUCAUAAGAAUUAGUGUGUAACACUAUAAGGUGCUGACUAAUUGUAUUCCCAGUCAGUAAACCUGUAGAUUAUUGAUGGUUUGCAAAUUAAAUUAUGAAUAAAAUGUAUGAUUUAAAAAGUUCCGUUUUUAAAAAUUAUUUGUUGAUUAUGAAGUACAAACUUUUUAAAACCUUAUUCUAUUUUAAUAAAUUUUUUUUUUAGGGUUUAUAGUUUUUAUGUUUUGUUUAUUUAUUUUUUUUAUUCUAUAAGAAUAUUUUUUUAGUGCGGUCGAUAUUUGAACUUUAUAAGUUUUAUUUAAGGACGGCAUUGUGUAACAAAUACUGGGUUGUUAAUAUUAAUUAUUAAGUAAAUUUUUUUAGGGUAUAUUUUUUUACAUAGGAACAAUGACUAAAAUCACCAUCUUAAGGUAUUUUGUGAGGGCAAUGGAUACCUUUUUUAGUCAUUGUUACAACAAGAUUAUUAUUUAUUUUUAAGUGACAAUUUAAAUUUAACGUAUCAAGUUUUUAUGUAAAUAUAAUUUUAUCAAAGGCUUUGUUUUAUAUUAAUUUAAUGAGCGCGCUUAUUUAAUGAUUUCAAAACAAAACUACGAAAUACAGUCAUAAGACUUAGGAUAACUUUUAUUAUUACAAUGUCACUUAAGCUGGUCACUAUUAGUUAAAUGUCAUAUCUGUCAGAUUUGACAGCUUUGACAUUUUUAAUAGCAACUGUUUCAUAGUAAUGUAACGGUAAGAGGUUGAUAUUUAAUAAGAUUUUAAAUUAAGAAUUUCUAUAUAAUUUAAUCAAUGUCAAACGAUGGUAUCGUUAAAUUAUAAUAUCAGUGUUUAAAAAAAAAAGUUGCGUAAGUUAAAUCUAUCAUAAUCUUAUAAUUAUAUUCAAUGUAGACGUAGUGUUUGAAAUCUUAAUUAAACACGAUAAUGCCCUAAUCUGUAUUACAUGAAUUUAGUGGA